CCCACCUCCCCCCCGGGUCUACCCACAAUCCCUCUCUUCAGCCGAGGCCUCACCCACACCACGAGGCCUGCCCCCAUGCUCCCCAACAUCCCCUCGAUUUGACCCCCUCGAUUUGACCCCCUCGAGUCCCCCGACCCUAAACAGCCCCCACACCCCCAAGUCCGGACACACCGCCGCGCGAGCGUUCGCGUGGAGGAGCGAAGCCAUGCCGCAGAACGACUACAUAGACCUCCACCGCAAGCGCUAUGGCUACCGGCUGGACUACCACGAGAAGAAGCGCAAGAAGGAGGGGCGUGAGGCGCACGAGCGUGCUCGCAAGGCCAAGAAGCUCAUCGGCCUCAAGGCGAAACUCUACAACAAGGAGCGGCACAAGGAGAAGAUCCAGAUAAAGAAAACCAUCAAGAUGCACGAGCAGAGGAUGGCGAAACAGAAGGACGAGGACAAAACGCCCAAGGGCGCGGUGCCCGCCUACCUCCUGGACCGCGAGGGCCAGUCCAGGGCCAAAGUUCUGUCCAACAUGAUCAAGCAGAAGCGCAAGGAGAAGGCGGGCAAGUGGGACGUGCCGCUGCCCAAGGUGCGUGCCCAGGGGGAGGCGGAGGUGUUCCGCGUGGUCCGGACCGGCAAGACGCGACGCAAGUCGUGGAAGCGUCUCGUGACGAAGGUUUGCUUCGUGGGCGACGGCUUCACUCGCAAGCCGCCCAAGUACGAGCGAUUCAUCCGCCCCAUGGGAUUGCGCUUCAAGAAGGCCCACGUGACUCACCCCGAGUUGAAGGCCACCUUCUGCCUGCCCAUCCUGGGCGUGAAGAAGAACCCGUCCUCACCCAUGUACACCUCGCUCGGAGUGAUCACCAAGGGCACCGUCAUGGAGGUGAACGUCAGCGAGCUGGGCCUGGUGACGCAGGGCGGCAAGGUGGUGUGGGGGAAGUACGCGCAGGUGACCAACAACCCGGAGAACGACGGCUGCAUCAACGCUGUCCUGCUCGUGUGACUCCUCAUCCUCCUGCCGCUCCUCACAC